AUGCUAUCUUUCAAAAGAAAGAAAAAAGAAAAAGAUAAAGAAAGCGAACCCAUAACAAACGAGGAAACAAAACCAGUCACGAAAACCAUAUACGACAAUAUGGAAGUAAAUAUGCAACUUUCAAGACUGGAAGAAGCAAAGAUCCUCACAACUGCCCUAAGGCACUAUGUGAGGAAUAAGCAUAUCGAAGGAAACAAAAUCACCUUCCCGGUUCCGGGAGCGGUGGACCGAAUUCAGCUGAAAUGUCAUAAUAUUCCUACAGACGUCACCGAACUGGAAAGACUCCUAAAGCAAGUCUUCGACAGAAGAAACAAGGCAAUGAUCUCUCCUCUAGAUGAAUCUGUCUCUUCCAGAUCAUCUCUGGCCAACAGUGACAUCCAGGACGAGUUCCUUACGGAAUGUCAGAAAGCACUGACGCCUUCUGCGUCAGUUAACCUGGCCAAUUUAAUUGCAGAAUUUGCUACAGCCCGCACCUCCUUGCUUUCUUCGGUCGGGUCCUUAAAAGACACCAUUUCCAAGAAAAAUGAAGUUUAUGCAGGCAUUGAAAGCCUCAGUUCAUUCUUUGUCAAAAUGACUUCACUCUACGCUCAGUCUUCCGCCAGCGAGGGUCUCACUAGAAGACUCUACGCUAUCGAAGACAAGAUAGAAGCCCUUUCAGAGCAUGGCCUACUAGCAGACAAGGCUGAACAAAUCGAGAAACAACUCGAGCGAGUCGCUAACGUCGGCGCGUCCUACGCCAAUGCAGCCAAAACCAGGGCACAACCACCCAAGAUUACCACCACUACGGUCAAGUCUAUCACUCCCAAGCCGAAGAAAGCCAUGAUAAUUACGCCUAUAACUGGCUCUACGGACCUACUCUCCUGCGAAGACACUCGAAAGGCCCUAACUAGCCGCAUCACUCCAGCCGAGCUGGGAAUAAAACCAGAUAAGCUGCUCAGAACAGGCAAAUGCGGAAUCCGCAUUGAAGCCGCCGAGAUCGACCCUGACAAGGUCAACACUGAAGCCCUACGCAAGGCUGGCCUACAGAUGAGCAUGCAAGGCAAACUCAAACCAAGACUCGCAGUCUUUGGGGUUCCAAACGAGCACACGGCUAGCACACUGCAACAAGAGAUUCUGAACAACUUGCCGGAUUCCGAGCCAUUGACCAUUGAGGUGAAAGCCAAAUUCGGCCCAAGGGACAAGUCUUAUAAUCACUGGGUCAUCGAAACCACACCAGACAUAAGAACCAAGCUCCUAGACAAAGGUCGUAUUUACAUUGGAUGGUCAGCUUGCACAGUCAAAGACCACGUACGUGUGGUGAGAUGUUUCAAAUGUCAGAAAUACGGGCACCUGCAAAACGCCUGCCGUAGCUCGACAGCUUGUGGUCACUGUGCUGAAGAGCACGACACUAGCCGAUGCCAGAAUAAAAAUUCGGAUCCUACCUGUCUCAACUGCAAGAAGGCUGGUCUUAGAGAUUUCAAGCACGAAGCGUCCUCUAGCCGAUGCCAAAUUUUAAAAUGGGAUGCGAGGAGGAAGGAUGAGAUCAGCAGGAUGGAGCUCAUCCAACCUGUCAGUCGUAACUUCUUGAAAGAGAAGCCGGCGGAUUCAGAAUUUGUAGACAAGGUAGCGGUAAUGGAGGAAAUAAUAGGAAAACUGAUAGCGGAGAGAGCGGAAGCUAGGGGUAGGACGGAGGAAUGCAGAGCGUUGAUAGAAUUAAUGGCGGCGAUGCCUAGUGUGAGUAGCACACCGGUAUCACAGGCUAGUACGAGCAGUAAGGUGGUACAGCCUGCGAAACAGAAGGUGGAAGUAAAGACUUUUGCGGUUGCGGUAAAAAGCGAUAAAGGUGAGAAAGUAGAAGAUAUAAUGAAGAAGGUAGAUGAAAUGAGUAGGGACUUGAAGACGGUGAGAGUAAGGACAGUGAGAAAAAUAAAGGAUGGUGUAGUUAUAGAAGCAGCAACUCAGGAAGAUGCUGAAAAUAUACGGACAAAUGUGAAAGGGAAGAAUUUAAAAAUUGCGGAGGUAAUAAAAAUGAAUCCAAAGGUAAUAAUAUUUGAUGUGCCGAUGGAUGUAACAGAUGCGGAAUUAUUGGAGGAUUUGUACAAUAAGAACGGAAUGUCUAGGGUGACAGUGGAAGAUUUUAACAAAUGGGUUAAAGUAGAUAGUCGGAAGAAAAUGAGGCACGAAUUGGAUAACGUUAUAUUGAAUUUAAAUGAAGAGAUUGCGGAAUAUUGGAUAGGAAAAGAAUAUGUAUAUGUAGGGUGCAAGUCUUGUAAAGUGAAGGAGGUUGAUAUUGUGAAGAGAUGUUUUAAAUGUUGCAGUGUGCAUCUUAGGGCGGAUCAGUGCAAGGAAAGAGGCAACCACGGGGCACUACGACCAAGGGAAAUGUCAGGAAACAAGAAGGAGGGAGUCCAGCCAUCCCUGACGACACCCACACAGGGUCCAACUAACACCGCCAGUGGCCCUGGUCCGCUAAGGAGAGAGGGAACAAAAGUGAACCCAAGGAGGGUAAGUUUUUCUGCCACUCCACCCUCUCUCCAAGCAAACCCGCAUCCGCACCGGUGUCCAAAGUGCGGACACGGUUGCGAGACCAAUGGGGGGAUGCAGAAGCAUAUGAUGCUAUGCAUAACACGUGACACGUCAAAGUGUCAAUUCAGCGAGAGAACCUUCCCCACGUUCCAGGGGGUAAGGCAGCACGAAAAGAAAGCGCAUCCAGACCUAUAUGCGGAGGAAAUGGAAGAUAGCCUGCCGAGGCCGGAACACGAGCUUUACGAGAUCCUUGCGGCCAUAGAGGUCUCCACCUUGAAGGGUAAACCGUUCGUAAAAGAAAUAGAAAAAGCCACCGGCCUCCCUAGCCAUCAGAUCCGCCACAAGCGGGAUAAAACAAUAUACACAGAAUAUCUCGCACGUGUACUACCCCUGGAACGGGGUGCGACGAACUUGAUGAUCCGUAUACGGAACACCUAG